AAAAAAACAUGAGAGAGGAAAAUGAGGGACUAAAUCCUAGAGAAUCUCUCAAAACCCCCGCAGUCACGAACCUCAGGUCCUCUGUGUCUACUUUAAAAGUUGUUUUGUUCCCUCUUCUCCUUGUUUAGGUUUCUCCUUCUCCUUCUCCUUCUCUCUGUCUGUCUUUUUCUAUGGAAUCCCUUGCAAACUCUGUUUUCGUUCCCAACUUCACUGAGCAAUACCCAAUUCUCAACAACCCAACUUCUUGCUUCAGAACAUCAAAUAAGCGAAUUGGGUCACUCAAAAUCGGUGAAAACUCUACUUCUCUUAGACUUCGCGCUCAAGCCGUCUCAAGCGAGCCUUCUGGGUCCGGUGAAACUGAAGAUGGGAAGCCUUUGAAUAAUGGGUUUGGACUAGUUUCCGAUGACACCGUCUCUUUGUCUCACGGUGAUUUAAGUCAAUGUGAAAGUAGUGAGAAUCCACUUGAUGUGGCACCAAAAAUUAACCUCCCUAUUACAUCCCAUUGUGGAAGUGGAGCAAGUGGAACAAGAGCUGGAUUGUUUCGAACUCCAAUUUCUGGGGGUGUUCAAAGUGCUACUUCAGCUCAUGGCUUACCUCAUCCAGCCUUAGCCGUUCGUAAUCUUAUGGAGCAGGCCAGAUUUGCUCAUUUAUGCACUGUAAUGUCUCGAAUGCAUCAUCGACGUGAAGGCUAUCCAUUUGGUUCUCUGGUAGAUUUUGCACCUGAUUCAUCGGGGCAUCCUAUAUUUUCAUUUUCGCCAUUGGCCAUCCACACGCGGAAUUUGUUAGCCGAUCCAAGGUGCACACUAGUCGUGCAGAUUCCUGGAUGGAGUGGAUUGUCAAAUGCAAGGGUCACAAUCUUUGGUGAUGUCUAUCCACUUCCAGAGCACCAACAGGAGUGGGCUCAUAAGCAAUACAUUGCAAAGCAUCAGCAGGGGCCAUCUCAACAGUGGGGGAAUUUUUACUACUUUAGGAUGCAGAACAUAAGUGACAUAUAUUUCAUUGGUGGAUUUGGCACUGUCGCCUGGGUCGAUGUUAAGGAAUACGAGGCCAUUCAGCCUGAUAAGAUUGCCGUUGAUGGAGGAGAGCAGAACCUAAAGGAACUCAAUGCAAUCUUUUCAAAGCCUUUAAAGGAGUUGUUGUCCACUGAAACCGAGGUGGAUGAUGCAGCACUCAUAUCUAUCGACAGCAAGGGAGUCGAUAUUCGGGUCCGUCAAGGUGCACAGUUCAACAUACAGAGGAUUUCAUUUGAUGAUGGACAUGCUGUUGAAACAUUAGAAGAAGCCAAGGAUGCCCUUUGGAUGCUAAUAAACAAGGGUCGAGUUUAUAAUUUGCAGAAAUAAAGGCUAGAGUGGUAAUAAUGCAACCCUUUUCUUCUAGAAUCAAGAAACUAUGGAAGACCCUUGAGUUGUAAAAAGUUCCCAUCUUUUCAAAUUUGAGAACUCAAACGACGGCAAUGUAACUCGUUCAGCCCAUAAAAAUUCCGGUAGGAGUAAUGUGCACCACUGUGGUCCCGGAUGCAAAGAAAGUUGGCUUGGAGUUUCUAAGUUUGAAAUUUUCCAUUAGGUCAAAGCUUUGUUUUGCUUGUAGCAAAUUUUGUGGGAAAAUAAAGACUCAAUGUGGAAGGUUUUCCAGAUUUUUUUAGUUUCUUUAUUGAAAUGCCUAGUUUAUUUGUCCAACAAAGAUGUCAAUGUUUCACAAUGUAGCUUUGCAGAACUACCUUGUUCUGCUGUUGUUGUGGCUACCCUUUCUUGAGAUCUCACCACCCUUGUUUGGAUCGCUCCCCUCCCAUUAUGUAUGACUUCUCAAGUAGCAGAAAGAGAGAACCUUGGUCUUCUGUA